GUCCUUUUUCGUAAUUUAACAUUUUUGGCCCAAUUCUUUUUUUUUUUUCUGAGAGGGACCAAAAACUUGCGAAGAACCUUGCCCCCCAACACCACUCCGGCUUUCUCCUUUGCCACUCCAUUUCCAGCAAUUCUCUCUCUCGCAGGCUAUUUCAUCUCUUUGUCGAUUCAUGUUCCUGCAGGAGAAGUGAGAGACGGCCGAAAAUCGCACCGCCGUGCGCCGAUCGUUUCUCACCGAGAUCUUUUUAAUGGAUGGAAUGUACGGUUUCCACUCGGCGGGAGACUACUCGGAUAAGGCUGCGCUGAUGAUGUCGCCGGAGGCUCUGAUGCUUCCAUCUGAUUACCAGAGCUUGAUUUGCUCAUCUGCCGGAGAGAAUCGCGUCUCCGACGUGUUUGGAUCCGACGAGCUUCUCUCCGCCGCGGCUUCCGCUUUGUCAUCGGAAGCGGUGUCGAUCGCUCCUCCAGAGAUCCGACGAGCUGAGGACAACGUCCCCCUCGGCGUCGUCAAGGCUAAAAUUGCUUGUCAUCCGUUGUAUCCUCGGUUACUCCAGGCCUACAUCGAUUGCCAGAAGGUGGGAGCUCCUUCGGAGAUCGCGGGUUUGCUGGACGAGAUUCAGCGGGAGAGCAGUUUGUACAAACGAGGUGUUGCUCCCUUGUCUUGCUUAGGAGCUGAUCCUGAGCUUGAUGAAUUCAUGGAAACUUACUGCGACAUAUUGGUGAAAUACAAAUCCGAUCUGGCGAGGCCGUUCGACGAGGCUACGAACUUCUUGAACAAGAUUGAAACGCAGCUCCGCAACCUCUGCACCACUGGGGCGUCUGCUAGAGCCCUUUCGGAUGAUGGUGUGGCUUCGUCCGACGAGGAACUCACCGGAGGAGAGGUCGCACAAGAUGGACAACCCAAAACUGAGGACGUCGAUCUCAAGGACCGGCUCAUGCGCAGGUUCGGUGGCCGUAUCAGCUCCCUGAAACUCGAGUUCUCCAAGAAGAAGAAGAAAGGGAAGCUGCCCAGAGACGCCAGACAAGCUCUCCUCCAGUGGUGGAAUCUCCAUUACAAGUGGCCAUACCCCACUGAAGCGGAUAAGAUAGCUCUGGCAGAAGAGACGGGGUUAGACCAAAAACAAAUCAACAACUGGUUUAUAAACCAGAGGAAACGCCAUUGGAAGCCGUCGGAGAACAUGCCCUUCGUCAUGAUGGACGAUUCUAAUGGAACAUUCUCUAACGAGGAUUAAACCAGGCACUCAACUCGGUCUCUUCUGAAAUUCCAUCUAGUGCUGCUUUUUUUUUUUUUUUUUAAAGGAUCGUCGUAUAUUUUUGCGCUGCUCUGCCAAAAAGAAAAAGGAAUUGGCAUACUGGGCGUCAUUGGAAAUGAAAUCCCCGGGGAAAAAGGAAAAUCAUACAUGCAGGGACCAAAUGUAACCCUCUCCAUGCGAGGGAAUCGUGUUUUGGGUUAAAAUCUUCUGUUUGGAACGUUUUAUCAUAUGUAAUGUAAUAAUGAAAUUUUUUAUAAUAGUCCAGGCGCCGUCGUAGACUAAUACGGUUGUUGGUUA